GGGCGGCGGCGUCUUGGUCCGCGAUGGCUGAGGCGUCUCGGUGGCACCGAGGAGGGACUUCAAAACAUCUGUAUUACAGAAAGGAAAUAGAAAUUAGAACCACGCUUCAGGAGUUGUUGCUCUACUUUAUUUUUUUAAUAAACCUAUGUAUAUUGACUUUUGGGAUGGUAAAUCCACAUACGUAUUACUUAAACAAGGUUAUGUCAUCUCUGUUUCUGGACACUUCUGUACCUAAUGAUGAAAGAACCAACUUUAAGUCUAUUCGCAGCAUAACUGAUUUUUGGAAGUUUAUGGAAGGACCCCUUUUGGAAGGUUUAUACUGGGACUCAUGGUACAAUAACCAGAAGCUGUAUAAUUUAAACAACAGCAGUCGCAUCUAUUAUGAGAACAUACUUUUGGGAGUUCCCAGAGUCCGACAACUAAAAGUCCGCAAUAAUACAUGCAAGAUCUAUUCACCUUUUAAAUCUUUGGUGAGUGAAUGCUAUGACAAAUAUACUUCGGAAAAUGAAGACCUGUCUGAUUUUGGCCUCAAACAUGAUACUGAAUGGAAGUACUCCACUUCUAAUACCAGCUCCCUUUGGCACUGGGGAUUUGCUGGUGUUUACCGGAAUGGGGGAUAUAUUUUCACUUUGUCAAAAUCAAAAUCUGAAACCAAAACCAAGUUCACUGAUCUUCAACUAAACAGCUGGAUCACAAGAGGAACGAGAGUUGUAUUUAUUGAUUUUUCAUUAUACAAUGCUAAUGUAAAUCUGUUUUGCAUCAUCAGAUUGGUGGCAGAAUUCCCUGCAACUGGAGGAAUACUUACUUCAUGGCAAUUUUACUCUGUGAAGCUCCUCAGAUAUGUUAGCUACUAUGAUUAUUUUAUUGCUUCUUGUGAAAUCACAUUUUGUAUUUUUCUUUUUGUCUUCACAACACAAGAACUCAAAAAAAUGAAAGAAUUUAAGUUUGCCUAUUUCAAAAGUGUCUGGAACUGGCUAGAAUUACUACUUUUACUACUGUUGAAAAGUACUGAAAAAUAUCCAGACUUCUAUUUUCUUGCAUACUGGUCCAUUUAUUACAAUAACAUAAUUGCUAUUACUAUCUUCUUUGCAUGGAUAAAGAUAUUCAAAUUUAUAAGCUUUAAUAAGACAAUGUCUCAGCUAUCAUCAACCUUGUCCCGCUGUAUGAAAGACAUAGUAGGAUUUGCCAUCAUGUUUUUUAUAAUAUUCUUUGCUUAUGCCCAGUUAGGAUUUCUUGUUUUUGGAUCACAGGUUGACGACUUCUCCACUUUUCAAAAUUCCGUAUUUGCACAAUUUCGAAUUGUUCUUGGAGAUUUUAAUUUUGCUGGUAUCCAGCAAGCCAACUGGAUCUUGGGACCCAUUUACUUCAUCACUUUCAUCUUUUUUGUAUUCUUUGUCCUGCUGAACAUGUUCUUGGCAAUAAUUAAUGAUACCUAUUCUGAAGUGAAAGCUGAUUAUGCAAUAGGCAGAAAGCCAGAUUUUGAACUCGGUAAAAUGAUUAAAAAGAGUUACCAUAAUGCUCUAGAGAAACUCAAGCUGAGGAAACCUCAAAAAGAUGAAGACAAGAACAUCAGAACCACUGGAGAUUUAGCUGAACAAACCAGAAGAGAAGGCUUUGAUGAAAAUGAGAUUGAAAAGGCAGAGCAGAUGAAAAAGUGGAAAGAGAGGCUUGAGAAAGAGUAUUAUUCUUCAGAAAUGAAAGAGGACUACCAGCCUGUCACUCAGCAAGAAUUUAGAAAACUCUUUUUAUAUGCUGUGGAGCUGGAGAAAGAACUGCACUACAUCAGUUCAAAGCUAAAUCAAGUAAUGAGAAAGCUUUCAGCUGUACAAUACUGAGACAAGUGGAGUGGCACCACAACCAAAUUCAAAAUGAGACUGAGUGCCUCGCAAAACAAACUCAAGCACCAGCCAAGUACACAUGAUGAUAGCUUCAAGGAUACAACUGAUUUAUGAUAGGAAUUUUUAAGGAAUGUAUUAUUAUAUGGAUUUUGAAGAAUCUUGUUUGCUAAUAAGAACUUCAAGAAGCCUAAGCUUGGCUUUAAUUUUCUUGUACUCCCUGUAUUCCUCAAGCACUGGAACACGAUCUUCUUUCUGGGCAUUCCUAGGAGAGAAAAUAAAAUCUGUAAUAUUCUAGAGACUGCCUAGAAAAUAAAGACUCAGAGUUGUCCUAAUAUGAAAUAAUACCACCAAUACAAGUUGAAGUAAAAAGUUACUCUGCAAGAGAAAACUAUUCCUACUUUUGAUGGACUUUUCUACUAACAGAUUAAAUUAUGCUAUGCUAAACAAUGACCAGCAUAGAAAACUAGAGGUAAUCCAAUAUUUUAAUUAUACAUCCACUGUUAAACUCUGCCAGGUCUAAGUGCUAGAAGGCUACAUUUCAUAUGUUUAGUUAACUGUGGCUCCAGUAAAUUAAAAUGUAAAAGUAAACCUUCUUACCUAUAACAAAAGAAUAGUUUUAUUAACUUUAUAUUAAUGACCUAAUGCACUUCAGUUUAAUCACCAGCUAAAGCAUCAAAUCAUCAUCCAAAGCACAAUUAUAAGAGAAAUUUUCUUCCAAUAAUAUAAAGAAAUAGAAGGCACAUGGAAAGGGCAUUCCUGUCCUUCAUAUUUUCUUAAUCAUAUACGCCAACCAAUAUAGGAGAUUCAAAGCAGAGGAAAUUAAAGUACAACUAUUUUGGAAUUUAUAAUACAGAUCAGCUAUUUGAAAAACCAUUUCUGAGGUAUAUGGUAGUUUUACCCUCAGUUUUGGUAACCAUCUGAAUGGGAAAGUAUUUCUUUGUAUAAGAGGUCUCCCCACACCUCGAGUCAGCUGUGCAACAGUUAGAUAAAAGCAUGUACCGUAUUCUUUUACGGGAGCCAAGUUGUUACACACUUUGGGACCAGGCAGCUUAGAAUAACCCAACCAUCAGCCUAAGUACAAUUGUCUCAGUAUGAAAACUAAGAAUCCAAAAUACUGCUACUAUAGGACCCUUUCUAAAACAAGAACCAUCUCAUUUCACAACAACUUCCUAAAAGAUGAGGAUGCAGGAUAAAACAAUAUAAAAUCAUUGUGGGCUAGGGACAUGGCUCAGGGCCCUUUGUUAGAUCCCCAGCACUGCAAGGGGAAAAAGAAAACAACCCACUGUAACUCAACCAACACUCCCCAGGAAAACCUCUGAAUAUUUAUUUAGAUGUUGUUUACUCCAGCUCUGACUUUUCUUUGCCAUUAAAAUAGCGCUUCAGAGCAUAAAAGAAUAUUGUAAAAUUUAAUUUUCAAUGCUAACAUCCUGUACAUACAAUU